UCAUAUGUACUUUAUUUUCUAUUAUUUUUCUUACAGUUGCUCAAUACACAUGUACCUUACAAAUAUAUGCCGAGGGAAGUGAAAGAGUUAGGAUGUAAGAUUGUGCAUUUACUGCAGAACCCCAAAGACCUGGCUGUUUCUUUAUACAAUCAUACACUCGGAAUACAUCUGUUUGAAUAUCACGGAAAAUGGGAACAUUUUCUGCCUUUAUUCUUACAGGGGAAAACAGAGUGUAACAGUUGGUUUGACUAUGUACUCAGCUGGGAGCAGGUCAUUUCUGACAAUCCUGGUUUUCCCAUACAUCUGAUCUACUUUGAAGACCUAAAACAGAAUACAUUACACGAGCUGUAUAGAUUAGGACAAUUCCUCAGCAUAGAAGACCAAGAUGGCCUGUUCGGAGAUAUAGCAAAGAAAUAUCAGUUUAGUAACAUGGUAAGAGAUAAACAGCAACAUAACGGAACAGAAAGUGAAUUUAUCCGAGAUGGAUUUUCUUUUUUCAGGGAGGGUAAGCAAUAAAAAGAUGCAUAUUUCUACCUGUAGGUGGAAUAUUUACUUCCCUUGCUAAUGCAGCAUUACUUGCAAGCCUCAACUUUGUCAUUAGAAAAAGUUAAUUUUUAUAAUGCAGGCAACAAACGUUUUCUGUAAGAAUAUGUUUAUGAUUCAAAUUAAAAUGGCUUAUACUUUGCUAUAACUUUAUUGCAUUAUUGCUUGGCUAAAACUGCAGAAAGUGUUUCAAGUUACGACUAUACAAGAAGGCUAGUCUAGGAAAGCAAGCCUGCCUGUUAUGAGUUCUGGUCCUUUUGGUUCGGGGAUCUUUUUUAGCU